CUACCAAUGUCUGACAAGAGAGGAAAGGGGGAAAAACUCCGCGAGGCGCUCAACAAAGCCGAAGACGACUGAACAAAGUGACAGCACGACUUGUUAAAUCAGCUGAGUUUGUGUUUUAGUCUAAUGGAUGUCAACUGACAGUUUCAGCGGUCACUUUAUUCCGAUGGGGCGCUUUGGCUCCAGGCUGAUUAAUGCCCCUUGGUAGACGUGUAGAUGUUUAAACAUGUGUUUGCGGUAACAUUCAAGUUCUCGGUGCGGCUACAGCCUUCCAGACAAGUGCCAAUGCUGAGGAAUGGAUGGUGAAGAAGGGAACAUGGUGUCCACUCGGGAUGAACAGGUGGAAGGGAACAGCGCGGACACAUCAGCCAUCCAGCAGUGCCAACUUCUCCAAAACAUCAUCGACAUCACCAUCUCCAAUUUACAGGGACUCCGGACGAAGUGCGCAGCGUCCAACGACCUGACACAACACGAGAUCCGCACCCUGGAGGUGAAACUGGCAAAGUACAUCAGUAAGCAGCUGCAAUGUAAGCAGAGGGUUCCGUUGUGUGAGCGAUCGCUGGCCCUCAGCGCAUUCCCACAUCUAGUGGAUUGGCUCCAUACCAUUAACCUCAGGCCUGAAUUCAUAGAGUCAGUCCCAGUGAAUCUGUCUCUCGAUGCAUUGCUGCAGAUGUCUGGUUCUCAGGUGCAGGAGACCAUGAGGAAAUUGGGCUCCAGUGCUGAUGAGUGCUCCCGCAUCACUGCUGCACUUUCCUGUCUCAAGAGCACCAGCACCUCCUCUACCUCCUCCACCUCCAGCUCUGGGCCUUGGACAGGACGGGAGCUCAAAGAAGACGGAAUUCCCUGGAUCGUAGAACCUGCUCGCUGUGACAGCCCAGCUAAUCAGCUCUCCUGCAUCACUCAAAGCUCACAACUCUACAGCCCAAACCCAGCCAUUCAUGUUCCUUUUGCUCCCACUAUGCCUGGCUCCCAACGUUCUGUGUCUGUUUCUGCUGUACCCUCUCUGGACUUCCCAGCGGGGUCCCAUCUUACCCCAUUAUUGAAUGGACUAACCGACCCCUUCUGCUCCUCACCUCAGCUGCUACGGCGCCCACAGGGAAUGGUAUCGACUCCGCCCCCUACACCACCCGCUAUUAGGAAUGACCUCUUGAAGCUACCACACACACCACCACCGCCAUCCAAGCUCCGCCAGCUUUUUCCCGCCCUUCCUCGUAGCAAAAGCCACACGCAGCUUGCCAACCGCAUAGAGGAGCCUGCACACAAGAAUGCAACAAAGAAUAAGAUGCUUCUCAAUGUCCAUGUAAAUGUGCAAGAUGUGAGAAAUGGCUGUGAUGAUUCACUUUCACGCUUGCCACUGCUCUCUGUCCCUUCUCCACAUAUUAUUCCCAACACACGAAUCCAUGUGGAAAGUCCAACACUGAAAGACAAAGGAAGAUCUCCACAGGCUAUGAGGAGAGAUUAUGGUCUUACAAUCACACAUAGGUUUUCCACCAAGUCAUGGUUCUCCCAAACGUGUGCGGUGUGUCGGAAAAAUAUGCUCUUUGGUGUAAAGUGCAAACACUGCAAGUUAAAGUGCCAUAACAAGUGUACCAAGGAAGCACCUCAGUGCCAGAUCAUUCCAAUUUCGAAAAUCAGAAGGACAGAGUCAGUGCCCUCUGACAUUAAUAACCAGGUGGAGCGGCUACCUUCAACUACACAAUUUGGCACAUUACCAAAGACGUUAAACAAAAAGGACCUUCCUCCACCGGUUAUUCAGCCAGACUCUAGCAGUAACCCCUCUUCCACCACCUCCUCCACACCUUCCUCACCUGCCUUCAGCUCAAGCAACCCACCAAGUGCCACUCCACCAGCAAACCCUUCUCCUAAAGGGCCCAAUGAUGGCCGAUUUCACUUCCCAGCUUCCUGCCAUUAUCAGUUCAGACAACAGUUUAUCUUCCCUGAUAUAUCGGGUUCUCAACAUCAGGAUGGCCAUGAAUUAGGAGACACAGAACAAGCAUCGAAUGAGCUGAUCAUACAGGCAGUGAGGCAGGAAGAAGCAGCUGAAAAUGACGAUGUGGAUGGUGAAGAAGAUCAACAGGAAAAUGAAAGACAAGACGAGGCGGCUUCUUAUGGGGAAUCUGAAGGUGAAGACGAUGAACUGGACGACCUGCCCAGCUGCACGAGACCCUGGAAGGGCCCCAUCUCACGCAAGGCCAGUCAGACGAGUGUAUACCUGCAGGAGUGGAAUGUUCCCUUCGAGCAAGUUGAGCUUGGGGAGCUUAUAGGGAAAGGCCGCUGGGGAAAAGUGUACCGAGGACGCUGGCAUGGGGAGGUGGCCGUGCGCUUGCUGGAAAUAGAUGGGAAUAACCAAGACCACUUGAAGCUUUUUAAGAAGGAAGUGAUGAACUACAGACAGACUCGGCACGAGAACGUGGUGCUGUUUAUGGGAGCAUGUAUGAACCCUCCUCAGCUGGCCAUCAUUACAAGUUUCUGCAAGGGUCGGACGCUGCACUCUGUUGUCAGAGAUUCUAAAAGCUCACUUGACAUCAAUAAGACCAGGCAAAUCGCUCAGGAAAUCGUAAAGGGAAUGGGUUACCUCCAUGCAAAGGAUAUCGUGCACAAGGAUUUAAAGUCCAAAAAUGUGUUUUAUGACAACAACAAAGUGGUGAUCACAGACUUUGGUUUGUUUGGAGUAUCAGGAGUGGUUCAGGAGGAUCGGCGAGAAAAUGAACUGAAACUGCCUCAAGGUUGGAUUUAUUACCUUGCUCCUGAGAUUGUACAGAAGAUGUGUCCUGGAAAUGAAGACCUCUUACCCUUUUCUAAAGCUGCUGAUGUUUAUGCCUUUGGCACUAUCUGGUAUGAGCUGCAGGUGAGAGACUGGCCUAUUAAAACCCAGCCAGCCGAAGCUGCUAUCUGGCUGCUGGGAAGUGGAGAAGGCAUAAAGAGACAGCUGGCCCAGAUCAGCCUGGGCAAGGAAAUAACGGAGAUCUUGUGUGCGUGCUGGUCCUUUAAACUUGAGGACAGACCAACAUUCUCUCAGCUAGCUGAUUUACUAGAGAAGCUUCCUAAGCUCAACCGGAGACUCUCCCACCCUGGACAUUUCUGGAAGUCUACUGAGUAUGUAUCAUAGAGCUGUGAGCUUGCAAGCUGUCAGCCUGCACUUCCUCACUAAAGAGAGCAAGCCGAAGUGAACUCUUCACAGUAAUCUUUAAGAGAUAAAUGUGUGUCUGAAUGUGUGUAAAGUCUUCUUUGUUUCCUGAGCCUUAUCCAAGAGUCUUAAAUUUGUAAGACAUUUUUAAAGUAUAUCUGAUUUACCUUCAACACAUGACUUCAAUUCAGAAUUCAGUGAAUUCAUUGCAGCAGAAUUCAUCGCAGCAAAAUUCAUUUAUUUUUUAAUGAGCUUCGGUUUAAAAUGUGAAUAUUUUAUUGUGAGAAACAGCUCUAUAUGUUUAGUCUGAGUAAUGGAAAGUGUGAUAUACUGUAUGGGUGUUUUUUUUUAAUGUGUGUUUUUUGUUUUGUUUGUUUUUUUAACUGAUGAUUCUUGGCAUAAGGUGCAGAGUACUGUACUUUAUCUAUUGGAAAUCUAUUUUCCUGACAGUUAUUUUGGUACAUCAGAAUAAGACUUCAUGCAUCAUAGUCACAUAUUUCUAAAGCUGUUAGUAGAGAUACACCAGU